AUGAAGGCGUUCGUAAUAUUAUCCGUCAUGGCAUUGACUAUUGCAUCAUGUGCCACAGUCGAUAAUACCUCAAAGAAAGACAAACGUGGUCUUUUCGAUGAAGGAUAUGAAGAUCAGGAAUCGUACGACUUCAGUGACGAUCAGGAAGAAGAUAAGCACCACGUCACCACGGUCACCAAGAAUGUUCCGGUUCCUUACCCAGUCGAGGUUGCGAAGCACGUUCCAGUAGAAGUGAAUGUCCCAUACCCAGUUGAAGUUGAGAAGGAAGUUCCAGUCUUUGUGGAGAAGAAAGUGCCAGUUUAUGUUGAGAAGAAGGUCCCGGUGCACGUUGACCGACCAGUCCCAUAUCCAGUUGAGGUGAAAGUGCCAGUUAUCAAGAAGCAAUACAUCGAAGUGCCAAAACCCUACGCAGUUCAUGUUGAGAAGAAAGUUCCAGUGUAUGUUAAAAAACCAGUGUACAUUGAGAGGCCUGUGGCAGUGAGUGUAUUCAUCAAGCAUACCCAUAAGAGUGGUUGGUGA